UUUAGCUGCAGUAUGGCAGAGGAGCGAGUAAAGGACUCUCUCUCAGAGAAACACAGUGAGAGAUCAGGACCAUGUGUGUCCAGCUCUGUGUCUCUGAAUAGUGACUGGUCUAAAGAUCAUCCACCAUACCUUACAGAGAAAACACCAUCACCUGCCCAAAGUGUUGAAUAUGAGUUACCAGAUGCAGGAGACAAAACUAACAGGACCCACAAGAGUUUUACAGGCAAUCUCCUGUUGAUCUUCCAGAAUCUUGAGAGUAAAAUUAUCAGCUUUUUAAAGAAUGAACUGGCAAAGUUUAAGAAAAUCUUAAACAAAGAAUACAGUCAAGAUUUUUUAAAGAACUUUAAUGAGAACAGAAGCAGUAUCACAGAAGCAGCUCUUGAUCUCACACUCUUCUUCCUGAGAGAGAUGAAGCAAGAUCAAGCUGCUGAGACUCUCGAGGAUGAGCUGUUCUUCAUCAAUCAGCUUAAAUGUAGCCUGAAGAAGAAAUAUCAAAGUGUGUUGGAGGGAAAUGCUCAGCAAGGAGACUCCACACUUCUGAAUAACAUCUACACAGAUCUCUAUAUCACUCAGGGUGUAAGUAAACAGGUCAACACUGAACAUGAGAUCAGACAGAUUGAAGCUGCUUCCAGACGUCAUCAGUCACUAGAGAUGAAGAUUGAAUGCAAACAUUUGUUUGAAGCACCUGAACAAGACAAGCAGAUUAGAACUGUCCUGACAAAAGGAGUUGCUGGCAUAGGGAAAUCAGUCUCUGUGCAAAAGUUUGUUCUGGAUUGGGCCGAAGGAAAAGAAAAUCAAGACAUAAACUUCAUAUUUCCUCUUCCAUUCAGAGAGAUGAACUUAAAGGAGAAAGAAAAACAAAGUUUAAAAGACCUCAUAACUCAGUUUUUCAUAGAGACUAAAGGACUGAACCUUACAAGAAGCACACGGUUCAAAGUCCUGUUCAUCCUUGAUGGAUUGGAUGAAUGUCGUCUUCCUCUGAACUUUGCUGGUAAUGAGACGUGUCGUGAUGUAUCUUCAGCAGUCUCUUUGGAUGUUCUCCUGACGAACCUCAUCAAGGGAAAUCUGCUUCCUUCUGCUCUCAUCUGGAUCACCAGCAGACCAGCAGCUGCCAGUAAGAUUCCUGCUGACUGUAUCGACCGGCUGACAGAGAUACAAGGAUUCAAUGAUGCCCAAAAGGAGGAGUACUUCAGAAAGAGACUCACAGACCCGAAUCAGGCCAGAGAAAUCAUUGAUCACAUUAAACAGUCAAAUAGUCUCUUUAUUAUGUGCCACAUCCCAAUCUUCUGCUGGAUUUCAGCCACUGUUUUCCAGAAUGUUUUGAAGGAGAACAGAAAUACUGAACUGAAACACAGGGCUAAUGUUGAAACACUGCAGGAAUCUCCCAAGUGUCUGACACAGAUGUACACACACUUUCUCCGUUGUCAGAUCCAGCAGAGCAGGCGAAAGUAUGAUAGAGAAAACACACCAGAUGUCUCCUGGGAUCAAAACCUCAUCCUUUCACUGGGGAAACUGGCCUUCCAACAGCUGGAAAGAAACAAUGUGAUCUUCUAUGAGAGCGAUCUAAAAGACUGUGGCAUUGACGUCUAUAAGGCCUCGGUGUACUCAGGCAUGUGUACUCAGAUCUUUAAGAAGGAGACAGGAAUCAUUCUUGGUACCAUGUACUGCUUUCUUCACUUGAGCAUUCAGGAGUUCAUUGCUGCACUUUAUGAGCAUCUAAUUCUAGACAUCAACAAGAAACCUUUUCCUAUUUUUAAGUUGAAAAGCAAAAAUAAAUGUCUGAUUGAUUUGCUAAAGGCUGCAGUGGACAAGGCUCUGGAAAGUGAGAAUGGACAUCUGGACCUUUACCUUCGCUUCCUUCUCGGUCUGUCACUCCAGUCCAAUCGACAACUCUUACGAGGCCUGUUGACACAGCAGGAUGACAGAGACAAGAGCAAAAAGAAAAUAAUUGCAUACAUCAAGCAGAAACUUGAAGGAAAUCUGUCUCCAGAGAGAUCCAUCAAUCUGUUCUACUGCCUGAAUGAACUGAACGACCAAACUCUGCUGAAAGAGAUUCAGUCUCACCUCAGUAGAGGAAGUCUGUCAUCUGCUGAUCUUUCACCUGCCCAGUGGUCUGCUCUGGUCUUUGUGUUGUUGACCUCAGAGAAGGAGCUGGAGGAGUUUGAGCUUCAGAAAUUCCAGAGAUCAGACGAGUGUCUCAUUAGACUAUCAGCAGUCAUCAAAACCUCCAAAAGAGCUCAGCUACAGUGCUGUAAUCUUACUUUUCGUUCUUGUGAGAGUUUGUCUUCAGCUCUACAAUCCUCAACCUGUGUUCUGAAAGAGCUGGACCUGAGUGACAAUGACCUGCAGGAUUCAGGAGUGAAGCUUCUCUCUGAUGGACUGAAGAGUCCAAACUGUAAACUGGAGAUCCUGCGAUUGUCUGGCUGUAUGGUGACAGUGGAAGGCUGUGGUUUUCUGUCUUCUGCUCUGACUUCAAACCCCUCACACCUGAGAGAGCUGGAUCUGAGCUACAACCAUCCAGGAGAUUCUGGAGUCAAGCUGCUCACUGAAAAACUGGAGGAUUCAAACUACACACUGGAUAAACUCAAUCUGGAUCAUGGAGGAGAAAUGAGGAUUACAGCUGGACCACACAAAUAUGCCUGUUUCCUCACACUGGAUCUAAACACGGCAAACACUGAACUUAGUCUGUCUGAGGAGAACAGAGAGGUCAAGUGUGUGUGGGAGAAUCAGUCGUAUCCCGAUCAUCCAGACAGAUUUGAUCGUGUACUUCAGGUGUUGUGCGAAGAGAGUGUGUGUGAACGCUGUUACUGGGAGAUUGACUGGACUGGAGAUCAUGGUGUGUGUAUAUCAGUGUCAUAUAAGAGCAUCAGCAGGAAGGGAGGCAAUGAGUGUUUGUUUGGACGUAACGCUCAGUCCUGGAGUUUGAUCUGCUUUUCCACCAGCUUCUCAUUCAUACACAAUAACAUAAAGACUAAUCUCUCAGUAAAGCCGCUCAGCAGUAGAAUAGGAGUGUUUGUGGAUCACAGUGCAGGAACUCUCAUUUUCUACAACAUCUAUAGAAACACAAUGAGCCUCAUCCACUCAGUCCAGACCACAUUCACUGAGCCGCUCUAUCCUGGGUUUUGGGUUUAUUCUGGAUCAUCUGUGAAACUGUGCUGAAGUCUACAAGACGGAAAAGAGAUCAGACCACAGGUUUCGUCAGUAGCAGUGAGAUGCUUUGGAGUCUCUUCUUCUCACACAAUCCUCAAAAACUUCUGUCUCUGAGAGAACAUUUGUAUCAGAAAUCCUCAUGUGUGUCUGUGUAAGAGAGACAGAUCAUUUGAAAUUACUUUUGUAUUAUAAUGUUAAUGUGAUCAGUCUUGAUUAUAAAUGCAGUCUAAAUUUAAUGAUCACUGGAAACUGGAGAUUCAGAAGAUUACACUCUGAAUUACCAAAAUUAGUAGCAAAUUAGUUAAUUAUACAGAAGGGUGAGAAAAGACUAAUACGUUUAGACUCUAACCAUAUUGUUGGAUUCUGUCCUACAAAUACCAAUACAAAGUGGACUCUUACAAAGUGGUGACCCCGACGUGAUAUUCUAGAAAGUUUCAGGCCAGUGAUGUCUUUCAGUGGUGUGUAAGGUGUUUGCUCCAUACUGCUUUCUUUAUUCUAAUUUCUUUGCAUGUUUGUCACACUUCAAUGUUUCAGAUCAAACAAACAGUGGGGCCUUGGAUAGCGGAGGGGUGUCGUGGUGUUAAGUUAACCUGUUAGCCAGCACUCAAUUUUGGGCAUUUACACUUACCUAACUUUAAAUA